AUGAAGUCAUUCUUUGGGCCGGGCGCCAUCGCCGCCCUUCUAGCUGCAGCAGACAUUGCUGCCGCGCAACAGACUCCGUUCUCGAUUUCCUCAACGGAUGACAUCAAGAAAACAUCAGCCACCUUGGCCUGGGACCUGCUCCAAUACUACAAAGGAAAUGAGUCGGGCCAAACCCCCGGCCUUCUUCCCGGACCACCUCCUGCUGGACCUUACUACUGGUGGGAAGCCGGUGCCAUGUUUGGCACGCUGAUCGAUUACUGGUUCUUGACCGGCGACACCACCUACAACGACCUCACUAUUCAAGGCAUCCAGUUCCAGACGGGAACUGACAAUGACUUCCAGCCCCGCAACGAAACGCUCUCGCUGGGAAACGAUGACCAAGGCUUCUGGGGCAUGACGGCCAUGACGGCUGCCGAGGAGAACUUCCCCAAUCCUCCUGCUGAUAAACCGGGGUGGCUAGCUCUGGCCCAGGCGGUCUUCAACACCCAGGCCAGUCCCGAGCGUCACGAUGACACUUGCGGCGGCGGCUUACGAUGGCAGAUCCCCCCGACUAACAAAGGAUACUCGUACAAGAACAGUAUUGCUAAUGGUUGUUUCUUCAAUCUGGGGGCCCGUCUGGCCCGUUACACCGGCAAUACGACUUAUGCUGACUGGGCUGAAAAGACGUGGAAUUGGUGGGCAGACGUAGGAUUCUUGGACAGCGAAACAUAUGCCAUCUACGACGGAGCUGACGUUUCCAACAACUGCACCAAAAUCAACAAGGCCGAGUUUUCGUACAACAGCGCGGUCUGGGUUCUCGGAGCCGCAUACAUGUACAACUAUACCAAGAGCGACACAUGGAAAACGAGAGUCGAGAAGCUUGUCGAUCACGGCCUCGAGACCUUCUUUCCCAAGGGCAUUGCGUACGAGCCCACGUGCGAAGAUUGGGGCACUUGCUCCACCGACAUGUUGUCCUUCAAAGGCUAUCUCCAUCGGUGGUAUUCUACCACGACGCAGAUUGCUCCCUUUACGGCUGAAAAGAUUCUGCCCGUGCUCAAGACAUCGGCGGCGGCAGCUGUCAAGCAAUGCACGGGCGGUGACCUUGGUCGCCAAUGCGGUUUUAAGUGGGAUACGUUCAAGUACGAUGGCGCCACUGGAGUGGGCCAGGAAAUGGACGUCUUGGGGGCUGUUUCGUCUCUUCUCAUCGGCAGCUCCAAGGGCCCAGUAACCAACAGCACCGGUGGCACGUCCGUCGGCAAUCCCAACGCUGGUGGUAACCCGAACAGUUUCGAAGUGCCCGUGACCCCUAUCACGGCUGGAGACAAGGUUGGCGCUUCAAUCGUCACCAUCAUCCUCGUCUGCUCCACCGUCUCUAUACUCGGCUGGAUGAGCAUUGGUGCUUAA